CGCACCCCAACCGUUGUUGCAAGGGAUCAGUUGUUAUGUCAUUUAUCAGAAGAAAGAGCGUCUAAAAUGAAGAUUAGAGAUGUGAAACCGAGCACCAAAAUAUACUCAGUUUUGGUUAAUUUCGAUUGAUUUGUUUCAGUUUUGAUCAUUUUUUGCACGUUUUGGUCUGCUAUUUUCAAUUCAGUCAUUUUCGAAUCCAAAGACAUAAUUCCAACCAUCUACCGUGAUGAGUUUUAUAAACAAUCUUUCUUUUAUUCAUAAAUAAAUGUAGUAUAAUUUUUUAUUAUUAUAAAUAAAUAAUGAAAAAUUUGUUUGAAAAAUGUUAAAAUAAUCGGAGUUCCCUUAGAAGGAAACUUGGCCCUGCUUAUUUGGAUCGGCGACGGGGAUUCGAAAAUCGAACUGCCCAUUAUAUGUACCGUACUCCAUAUUAACUGAUAGUCUUGUGCUCCAAGUAAUACCCACUCUCAAGUCAUUCUGAUUUUGCCUCACAAUUCUAUCUAAGAAAAGCGCGGAGCUAAGGCGUUCCUCAGUUCUCCGCUUUCAGGCAUGUUCAUCCAUUCACCCCUUGUUUCUCCAAAUCUCUGAUCCAUUGGUCUAUCUGUUCACGUGCGUGAGCAUUUCGUGCAGGAAAGAAGCUACGAGUUCUUAUUGCUCCGCCUCUCACAGUCUCAGGAUCUCAUUCGAAGUGCAUUAACUUUGUGAAAGUGCAUAUACAGUGAAACACCGAACACAUACAUAUAUGGAGUCUCUCAUAUUCAGUUUCAUGUUAAAUCAGACUAAUGAUAUGGAAGAAAAAAUAGACAAAUUGAUUGAUGAUGUCGCUGCACUCCACGAUGCACAAAAGGAGACACAAUUGAUGAUCAUUGAUAAUUUUUCUUCUGUAAAGGAAACAUUAGGAAGACGUGCUAGUCUUCAAAAUCACCCAAGUGCUAAUGAGGACGAUCUAGAUUUCUCUGUAUAUGGGUACAAGUUCGUGGAUGUUUCUGGGAGUGGAAUUAGUCCCGUUUAUAAGGUCACAGAUUCAGUCACCGGAACGGAGUUUGCUAUCAAAGCAAUAAGCUUGGAAGAUGAAGAAAUACCCUCCACAUUGGCUAGAGAGAUUUCGUUUAUGUUUGAUCUGCAGCAUCCGAAUAUUGUGAGGUUGCAUCGUACUUUUAUGCACGGACGGAUUUUCUGUUUGGUCAUGGAGUUCAUGGAGCAUACUCUGCAGGAGUGGAUUUUGUAUGGAAAGUGUCAUGAUGUGGAUGCGUUAAAAGGAUUGUUGAGGCAGAUUAUUUCUGCCCUGGCUUAUCUACACAGACAUUCUAUCAUCCAUCGUGAUAUAAAGCCAGAGAACAUCCUCAUAGAUGGUCAGACCCUUAAGUUAGCUGAUUUUGGCUCCGCACGAGGUUGGUACGAUGGUGUACGACUUACCCCUCAGGUGACGACGCUCCAGUUCAGAGCACCUGAGAUGCUUCUGGGUAGCACCACAUACACGUCGGCAGUUGAUAUGUGGUCUGUCGGCUGUGUAUUUGUGGAGAUGCUAACCACAAAAUCUGCAUUUGAUGAAGGAACGGAAGAAGAAGUAGUAUGCCAAAUAUUCAAAAAACUAGGUGUGCCGGAUGAAGCUACAUGGCCGGGGGUGUCCUCAUUUCCGAAGUUUCCUCGGGGAUUGCCAUUAUUUGAUAGAGAGGGACUCGAAGCUGAAGAGAUGCUAUCCCCGGAUGGAAUAGAUUUUUUAAAGAGGCUGUUAUGUUUGAAUCCAAAUGAGAGGAUUACUGCCGAGGAUGCCCUUAAACAUCCUUAUCUCAUUGAUAGGUCACCUGAUCCGGAGAACAAUUAGUUCUUAUUAGUGCGCUUCAAACUUCAGUGGUGUUUUUCUGUUGAACAUAUACUAACGUGUGUGGUCAAGACAAGUCCUUUUUGUCUUAGCUUUUGUUUCCAACACUGGACUCUUUCUAGUCUCAGACUUGAUCAGACUUUCAUAGUUAUAAAAUACCCAUAAAUCAUACAUUAUCAAAUCAAAUCAGACCAGACCAACAAUUUAA